AUGAUAUAUAAAGAUCUCACAGGAUUAGUCGUUGCACUGGCAAGGUCGCGUGCGUUUGUUAGUUACGGUCAGCAAGGUAUUACGACGUCUGUAGUUUCAUACUACCGUUGGGUAUCUCGAAUCAGUUCCAGUAGUGGAAAACCAUAUUAUGUUAAUACAGUUACAAAUGAGUCACAAUGGGAAUUUCCUCAGCACCCAGUAAUAUCAUCUACAAAUAAAGUACGAUGCUUACAUUUACUGGUGAAGCACAAUGAAUCUCGACGUCCUUCAUCUUGGAAACAACAGAAUAUCACUCGAUCUAAAGAUGAAGCCUUAAAUUUAAUAAAAAAAUACAAACAACAAAUUGAAUCUGGUGAAUAUACAUUUGAAGAACUUGCCCGAACUGAAAGCGAUUGUAGUUCAGCUCAUUCUGGCGGUGAUUUAAAUUUCUUUAGUCGUGGUCAAAUGCAAAAGCCAUUUGAAGAUGCUGCAUUUAAAUUAGAAAUUGGUGAAAUGUGUGGUCCUGUAUAUACAGAUUCUGGAAUUCAUUUAAUCAAACGAAUUGCAUAA